CUGUUAGUGUUGUCGUUCGGACGAACGGUCGUUCAGUCGGUCAUCCUCUCUACUACCUACUACUUAUUGACUGACAUCAGACAUCAUCGGCCCAUAUUAUCGGAAGGAAACACCAUUCAACCUGAGGCACAUUCAACCACAGUCUGCUGAUUACGCCAACGAACGACGAAGAGAAGGAAGUUUACAUCGACGACAAAGUCGAACAGUCGAACCGAUUGAUACGCAUAGCGAGGAAGUCGCGAUUUAGACAGUAUCCUUGAACUUCAUCUACGAUCUUCAUUCUACUGAAGAGUCAUUAUACGCGUAACGCGCAACUAUCCAUCCAAAACACGGUGCAGAUUGGUGCAGAUAUGCAAGACAGUGUGAUUCUGAAAACAUCAUAAACUCUUCUGCCUUAUACGUAUACGUGUGCAUGCAUAUACGAUUACUACUCGGUUUAGGCCAGGUGAACGAAUGUCGAUCGGUCGCGGAACAACAUCCAUUACGACGUUCGCGUUAUCAUCGUCCGAUGUGUUGUUGGAUGAGGCCAUAAAAUAAAUAAAUCACUCUCGUGCUUGGAUAGGAUACGUGGUGCUGCAUCGCGACCCAUCAUAUUCUGCGAUCGUACGUCAAAACGUGAGCAAUUUACGCCAAUUAUACUGCUUUGUGAUAAUGGUGCUCUGUUGAUGUGUUUUUGUGAUAGAGUUAAUUGUCCAGUGUUGAUUGCGUUUAAUUGACUGAUUGACUAUACCGUAUCGGAGGAAUCAAUCGUUACCAGCAGCAAUCAUGCCGACCACAAGUGCCCCGGUGCAGUCACCCAUUGUCCUGAGUCAGCGAUCAACCAGCUUCAAGGAUUGCGUCCAGCCGCUCGAGUACCACGGCCACUGGGAUGGACAGGGAAACGCAAAGAUACUCAACAACGGGGCGUCUGCGAUGAUCACGUUCUCGGAUCGCUCGUUCCGGCCCUUCAUCAUCGGCGGUCCCCUCGACAACAAGUACAUCUUCGAGCAGUUGCACUUCCACUGGGGCGUGGAGGAUGACUCCGGCUGCGAACAUAUCCUCGAGGGCAACACCUACUCCAUGGAGGCGCACGCCGUCCACUACAAUGCCAAGUACGGUAGCUUUGCGGAGGCGGUCGACAAACCCGAUGGCCUGGCUGUGACAGGAUUCUUCGUGCAUGCCUUUGGCGACAUCGAUUGCCCGGAGUUUGACAAAAUAGUUAACGGCAUCAAAUACAUCACGAAGCCCAACUCGGAGUCGAAAAUCGAUGCCGAUUGCCUUUCAUGGAUGGGUCUGCAAGACCUGAGUCGCCAUUACUAUACGUACAAGGGAUCCCUCACGACUCCACCGUACUACGAGAGCGUCACCUGGAUCGUGUACAAAACCCCGGUGUACGUAUCGAGCCGCCAGAUCGAUGCCUUCCGGCAGCUGCAGUCCUGCCCGAAGGAUUCCAACAAGAAGAUCGUCAACAACUACCGGGAAGUACAGGUACCGAAGGUCAGCCCCGAGGUCGUGUUCGUACGGAACAGCAACGCUCGGCUGCGGUCGAAGCUGUGAGCGGUGGUGCGCCCUGUGGAGUGGACGGCGUACGGAACUGAAAAUGACUAGACGCGAGCUUGCCUUUCCUUGUAAAAUAGUGCUAAGUAGGAUUAGACGGGUUUUUUUCUGUUGAUUAAGAUUUGUAAAUUUGUUGGAAAAUACACUUUUUGUAAGUAACAGUC